CUACUUCUUUGGCCCAAAAAAGCCAGUUUCGUGUGUCUCUUUCAUACCACCGACUUGAUCGUCCGUCUAUCCAGUCUCGUUGUUGAUCUGGGAUCACUUUGCUCCUCCUUUCCCCUCGCCCAGCCUCUCCUCCUCCCCUCCAUGCCUCAGCCUAUCCAUCACCGGUCCUCGUUCAAUCGGCCUCUCGUCCGGCUCAGUCGCAGUCUGUCUCCCUUUCGAUGCUUCUGGACAAUCAGUUCCAAUUCAGCAAUCGCCUCCUCCCACCCUGGACCCCACGGAAUGGGGCAAUUCUCCAUUCCAUUCCAUUCCAGCCCAGCAACCCUGUCCUUCAGUUCUGACCGCUCCAUUUCGAUCCUGUCUCCGGCCAGUCUCCCUAUCCGUCAUCCCGUUUUGCUCUCUGCCAAGCCAACCCAAUGGCCCAACUGUUGUCAUUUCACUCAGACCUUCAGCUCGAGGGUGACUUCAUAA